CAGUGGUAUUUAUGUAAAUUCAAUUACGCACAAUAAGCCCUCGAUAAACCCUAGCCAGACCGGACUGAAGGCCGAUUCCUUCACUCAGCCGGUCAGUACGUUUUGUUGCCAGCACUGAUGGCGAAGCGGCUGAUUCCAGCUUUCAAUCGCGUUCUUGUGGAGAAGAUAGUUCCUUCCUCGAAGACAAAUACCGGCAUCCUUCUUCCCGAGAAGAGCAGCAAGCUUAACUCUGGUAAAGUUGUGGCAAUUGGUCCUGGAAUUCGAGAUAAAGAUGGGAAACACAUACCUAUUUCUUUGAAGGAAGGAGAUGUUGUUUUUCUGCCUGACUAUGGUGGAACUGAAGUGAAACUUGAAGGCAAAGAGUUCCACCUGUACCGUGAAGAUGACAUCUUGGGGACGCUUCAUGAUUAAGAGGCGUUGCAGAUUUCUAUAAUUUUGUUCAGCUUUGGGUUCAUGCAGUCAUUUUGUAUGAUGUAAAAGUACACAAACAUUCAAAACAAAUUUGAAAUUGUUACCAUUUUGCUGUGCAUUGAAGUUAAUUUAGAGAAAUCAGACCCUUUUGAGCAAGUAUUGUUUGGUUCCAACU